AUGAGUUGUGCAGGAGCACAGGAAGAAUCUCUGGAAUCUCAUGUCAAAGAGUUGGUGUUGAAAAAGGAGAUAGGCAAAGGGUCUUAUGGCAAAGUCUAUAAAGCUGUGUGGAAGGGACGCGACGUUGCAGCGAAAAGGUUUCACUCUGUGUUCUUUCAAAAUGGCUCCUGCCAGCAAGAACACUAUAUGGAAGAAUUUCAGCGAGAAUGGAAUGUUCUAAAGCUUCUCGAUCACCCUAAUGUAGUAAAACUACACACUGUUUUAUUUCCCAAAGGACUCUCACCCAUAAUAAUCACUGAAUUACUUCACUGUGACCUGGAAAAGUACAUUAGAGAGUCCACUACCACACCAAAAAUCCCUGAAAUGAAACUGACUUGCAUCGCUUUAGACGUAAUCGAAGGUCUUAAUUACAUGCAUGGCUUGGAGCGUCCUGUUGUGCAUCGUGACUUAGCAACAAAAAAUAUAUUGCUAACAGAGCAUGGUAAUGCCAAGGUUGCAGAUUUGGGAGUGGCCAAAAUAUUUGAAGCAGGCUGUGAAAUGCAUGCCACCAAUGUUCCAGGAACACCGCUAUACACAGCUCCUGAAACAUACCCUGUCAUGAAGCAGUUUGAGGUGGUAGGAAAUGCAAGGUAUGGCCCAAAAGUUGAUAUAUUUUCUUUUGGUGCAGUGGUUAUGGCUAUGAUUGUUGGACAUGAACCAAGUGUGUGGCCGUUAACUCCAAUCACCAACGGUAUGUUUUGAUGCGAGCAUUCUUCAUUCCAUAAGUUGCAGUCAAAAAGGCUGCCUGACUCAUUUAAGAAGUGGUGAACAUGUCGAGUUAUUAGGGACUUUAAGAUCCCACAACGCAGACGACAACAAGAACAUAAAAAAAAAAUUGGUUUAAUUAGCAAAACAACAACUUCGCACGUGCAUCACACUUUUUUGUACAUAUUUUCUUUCCCGUUUUUGCACGACUACGACGUGAGAAUGCCUAAUUUUGCAUUUUAUGGAGGACGUAAACAAGCAACGACGAAAUUUUAUUUCUCUUUCUGAGCUUGAAUUUGGUCCCUUGAAAUUCAGCUUCAGGAGGGUUCGUCUAAGUGGGUAGGAAUGAUCACUAUAAAGACUGAAAGAACGCAAAUUCACUUUUUAAGCGACGUUCUUGUUGCUGUCGCAUCAUUGGAUCUUAAAGUCCCUAUUGAUGUACACAGGAGGUUGCUAUAAGCACAAAAGCACAGUUGCUUGACAUUGCUUCUUGAGUGGUUAGCAAACCUCCCAAGUGCAUUCAUGACUUGAUGAUUGUACGGCUACCACAGAAUCAAUGAGAACAACUUUACCGGUAUUAGUCCUCACAGGUAGCUGGGAAAAGAGUUGAGUGUCGUUAGUACCAAUGCACUAUGAUGCAUGCAAAUUAUUCUUCACAAAGUCGUUUCUUUCCAAAGGAUCUUUUCACUGAAUAAGUACUUUUCUGCAGGCUUUCUACAAUACCUAAAUCUAUAUCCAGUUAAGUAAGUACAUAUCCAUGUAUCCCUACAAGUAGUACUAUCUGCCCAGUACAGAUCCCUAGAGAGGAAGGGAAAGGAGCAGUGGUGACUGCAUGUUCUUUUUUCCUAGAAAUUCUAUUCUAAUCACAGAACUUGGUUCCAAUAUUAGAGACAGUUUGAUAUGGGGAAGUCCCAACUUAGAACUUACAUAAAUUUAUUGAUUUGAUGCAAUAUAUCAAGUAGGAGACACAGUGUUUUGUCACCAAAUGAAAUACUGAGAAGAAUAACCAGAGUAUACCAUCAACUGACGUGAUACAACUCACUUUGACUCUGAACAUGACUACCACACAGGUUGUCGAAACGUCAGUCACUGUCAACAACAACAGUCCUAUUCAGGACUACGUUCACCCAGACAAUCAAACUCAACCUACUUUUGAAAUGACUCCUGGGUUCAAACCUUUCACAGUUUUACUGAGAAGAGAGUUGAUUAUAGGACGUGCAGCGGAAUACUUUUGACAAACUUAAAGGUUGUUUCAUCUGGUGAUGUAACACUGUGUCGAAUGCUCAGUAUUACUUUUCAAACAAAAUGAUUUUAGAAAGAGAAAUUAAGGAUGCAAAAUUAAAUGAGCAGUUUUUCAUCUGAUUUCCAAACACUCACGUUUCCUUUGUGUUUUCUUUAUGAAUUAUUAAUGAGUUUGAGAAGUUCAUUCUGAAAAAUCAUUGAUCAACGAAAUCUUCUUUAACACCCUUUUUUCUCUUUAAGAUAAAGGUAAGAGAUACCUAUGCUAGCCGUUGCAGUGUUGAGCAAAAUAAAUUUGCAGUAUUGUUAUACAAUUUGUAGUUUGAACUUGUAAGUUGCUCUGAACAAACUGCCAAUCAAAGCACCCUUUUUGCAAUAGUCUGAUUGUGAAGUUCCCUUCCUGGUUACCUGCAAAUCCCUGCUACAAUGAUAUGUUGCCCCAUGGCCACCUCAAUUUAACUCGUAUAUAUUAAGAAGAAGUAAGGAAAAAAUAAAGUAGGGGCCUUCAUAAACAGGAUUAUAUUCAAGACAGGUAACCCAUCCAGUUCCUAACCCCGCCCGACACGGCUUAACUUGAGUGGCACUAUUAAAAAGGUAAUGUGAGAUACAUAUCUCUAGUAAAACAGUGGACUCUUUAUUUAUUUGGCUGACGAUCUAAGUGGCAAAGUGGAUAAAUGGAUCUGUAAAUCAUUUAAUUUUUUUAAUCUGUUAUUUUGAUAGGUAAAUCUGUUUUAAGUUGUUAUUUAAAAAAUCCGAUGAAAAUUUUUAUUCUUUUAAGAUGGUGAGAUGAUCAGUGAACAUGUCCGACGCAAAAGAGACAUCACUGAGAUGGGGGAACAUUUCUUGAAAGAACUGGUGUUAGGAUGCUUAGAGAAUGACAGUUCAUUGAGACCUGACAUCAGGGACAUUAAAGAAGAACUUGAAAGGCACAAAUGGAAGGUAGUGAAACGAUCAAGUUUGCAUGAGGCAGAUGAAGAAGUUCAGAUUGAGAAAGUUGGACGUCAACCAUCAUAUGAUUACAAGCUCAAGGUGCUUUUUAUUGGAGACAGAGGAGUUGGAAAAUCAUGUUUAUUCAAUCGUUUCCAGAACCCUUUUUUCAACAUUUAUUUGAGCACUACAACUUUAGGGGUAGACAUUGAUCGAGAGUCUUUCAAAUAUGGGUCCAAGUUUGUCCGUUUGGAAGUGGUUGAUACUGCUGGUCAAGAACAGUUCUUUUCUGUGCAGGCUAUGUAUUUCCGUGGCAUCCAUGGCAUUUUCUUGGUCUGCGAUGUAACUAAUCGGGAAUCAUUUGACCACAUUCCUCGAUGGCUUAACUUAGCAAAGACUUAUUGCACAGAAAGCAAUGCUUUGAUCAUCAUAAUUGGGAACAAGACAGAUCAAGCAGAGAAACGGGUAGUUUCCUCUGAGGAAGGCCAUGAUAUUGCCAAACGUAAUGGCCUAAGCUACAUGGAAGCAAGUGCACUGGAUGUAAACACUAUUGAAGAAAUGUUCAAGACCAUGAUUAACCUCCUUACAAGAUCAGUUGAUCUUGGGUCAAUAAAAAUUGAACUAGGUGAUGCAAAUGGAAAAGUAAACUUGAAACCAAUGACCAAGAAGUCUAAAUGUAAGUGUAGUAGAAAGUGAUUUCCUUCUGUAGGUAGAACAACUAGAAAAAUUAGCAUUUACCAAUAAUUUUUAUUCACAGCUGUUAGUUGUGCAUGAAAAACGUGACUGUAUAAAUGGGACCCUCAUUACUGAUUGCUUAGCGCAUUCAACCCCCUGGAAAUUUUUGUUUUGAAACCCCAUUUGAAGCUAGUCAAGCCAUUUUUUGGUCACUUUCUGGCCGAAAAAAACUUAAGUGGCCCAAAAUGUUGUUUACAAGUCCAACACUAUGCUGGCUUUAGCCUGCGCCAAAGACAAAACAGUGCCAAAAUCCUUCUCCAAGGACCGCCCACCUGCAUACCACCCUUGGUACAUACCAUGAUUGGCCUGUUAAAAAGCUAUUGUUGGUUUGCCAACCAAGUUAAAAUGAAAUUUGAAACGUUGAAGGCAAUUGAGGACCCAAAACAAAGGAUCCCAGUGCUGCUUUGCUGAUAUUACUACCCAGGGUUUGAUUACAUCUGUGGCGCAGCCUAUGUUGGUCCAAAAUGUUGUUUUCAAGUCUAACAUGUACACUAUGCUAUGCUAUGGCUUUUGUUUUUAUUUUCCUGAGUUCAGGCAUGGACUGACAUGGCCCCCUCUUGCUUAAUAUGGGGCCUGCACAGUACAUGUUUGACUGUACUUGGAAUGCCCCUGGUCUAGAAAACAGCUGACAUUUCACGAUGCCACCAUUGGUUUCCCCGUAAAAUGACGUCUGAGAAACGAGC